GCAGCAAAGAAGAAACGAAAAGAAAAAAACAAAAACGUGCUUACUUAACAGCUGAGCACGGAGUUUUUGAUUGCUAUUUGUUGAUUAUUCAUUAAAAAUGUUCAAUUAAAUAAAAUAGUUCUUAAAAGGCACAAUUUGUUACGUCAUAGCUGGCGAGAUUUGGCGUUUAAUAUAAUCUAAUUGAUUAUUUGUAGAAAAGAGUUAAUUAGACACAGUGUGUUUAAAGUAUUAAACUCUACUCUACUCUACUCUACUCUAUAAAUACAUUUAAUUACUAUAGUGAAGAAAUGUCUGAAAAGGUAAAUUGUGUGAAAUGUGGAAACGACGCUCCUUAUGCUUGCGGCAAUUGUGGCUCCUUUUAUUGUUCGCUUUCAUGUCAAAAAGUAGAUUGGCAUCAUCAUCGGAGUAUUUGCUUCAGAACACCAAACUUGGUGCCGUUCGCAGAGCUUGAUUACGCAUCACAGCAAAUGUCUAGAGCAUUGCGAAAUAAUUACACGAAAGAAGAUAAUUUAACAUUUGACAAAAAUGACCGUAAUGGCCAGUAUAUAAGUGCAAAUGAAAAUCAAAAGCGUUCUGACAAUAGUUUUCAACAACAACAAGAACAAGAAAUAUGCUUGCCUUAUGAAGGUAAUAAACAUGAUAAGAAAAAGUCAAACCAUUACUCUGGUAACAUUGGUAACUAUGGUAAAAACGGUCCUCAAAUUACCAACAAUGUUGGCAAAGACCAACACAACGCCAAUAUAGCUCAAGAAAACUAUAAAAAGAAAUCAAAACAAGAUCGCAACAAUGUACAGUCACGACGCAGCUCUGAUUACCCUAAAAAUCGUCAAUACGGGGAUCAACAGUAUUGUAGUCAACAAGACCGAAUUCAAGUAGUAGUUCAAAAGGUAAAUCCUGAUUCUAAAGAAAAAAUGUGUGGUGUUCGGUUUUGUGAUGAAGAUCACCAGCAACAGCGUUCAGAAAAUCAAAAGAGAAACCAGCAGAAGUAUAAUGAUAAUGAACAGAUAAAUAACGAUGAUCUCGCUCAGACUCAGGAAGUAAGUUUUGAUAAAAAACAAUUGAAGAGUCAAUCGAAUAGAACUGAAUUAAAGUACCAAAAUGAUGAACAAAAUUUUAAUGCACGUGUACUUAAUCCACCUUUUGAAAUAAUCAAGUUCACUGAGAAUCAUACUAAUUUUGAGGCGGUUAUAAUUGACAAAAGUUGUAUUGGAGACGGAAUGUUUGCUUGUAUUCCUAAUUUCUAUUUUGAAUCAUUUAUGGAAAUGCAAUCGUUUUUGGCUCAAAUAAAAAAAGACGGGCCACCGUAUAAACCAGUAUUGCAUGAAUAUUGUAUCGCUUUGUUCGAAGGAGAAUGGUAUCGAGCUAAGGUAAUAGCUGUUAAAGAAACAGAAAUUCAGGUAGAAUAUAUUGAUUUUUGUAAUGAGGAUUGUGUUAAGCUGAAUAACAUUCGUCAAUAUCCUCUUGAAUUAAAAGCCGUAUGCUCUACAAAUUUUUGUAAACUUGCAGGUUUACCAAAGGUUCUUCAUCCGCAGCUUUUAAAUUACUUGGAGAAGAUAAUAGACGAGUUUCAAAAAGUAUAUGUAACAAGAGUAAUAAUGAGUGACAAUAUAUGCGAAAUAGAAUGUCCAGUGCUACUAAAAGAACUUAAGGAGUUUGGUUUCAUUUAAACCAUAUACGAGUGUGCUAAAUUUUUUUGAAGGAAUUAGA